AUGACUGACACACCUGCCCUCACCCGUUGUAACUUGUUCAUUGCAAACUUUGUACUCACCUUACUUCUAACCAUUACGCUCCCAUUUUCGCUUCAUAUCUCCUUCUCUCGGUGGAAUAACAAAAAAAUCAAUACUACUAUACAAACGAGCGCUGUAAAUCAACAGCAACAGCAAAUGUCUCCAUCACAAAGAUCCCCUUCAUACGUGAUGCAAGAAGGUGUAUUCAAAGAUGGUCAACCCGUUCUAGUCUUUCACAGUAACGGUGAUAAACGAAAUAGUAGAAGAAUGAGUUUAUAUCAUCAACGAUCUAAUAGUAAUGGUUCUACUCCUAAUUUAUUGAAAGAUUCUGAGUCUACAAAAAGUGCAAAGAGCGUUGAGGCCCAUGUGACUGGUGAAAAUGGAAAUAUCAAACAUGUUGCUAAUUGA